AUGUCUUCACAACAUUACAAAAAGAAACACCAUUAUGAAACGCCACUUGUAAAACUGUCAAAAUCCUUAUCAUAUGUCCUUCGUCACCACGCUAAAGACGAAGGUCUAGAUAUUCGUGAGGACGGUUACGUCAAAUUAGACGAUUUGCAGGAAAAAACUGGUAAACAAAGCGGAUAA